AAUGCUAGUGAAAAUAUAUAAGCAUGACAAAAAUACACCGCUGUUGAAUUUAACUCAUUAGCUAUCUCACUCACACAAUUCUACUGGUUCGCUUGCUCAUAGAAAGGCGCCGCGUGAAGUUGGCAUAUUUCUUUUCAAGUGACGGAUAAAUUUUGAUGUUAGGUAUAAACGAGUGUGAAUCGAAUUAUUUUUUAGACGUGUGAAUUAAUAAUUUAAAAAUAUAAAAUAUGUCUACGAUAGAAGCGCAAAUAGGUGUGAAUACAAAUUUGCAAAAGCAGGAUCUUAGCAACUUGGAUGUUGAAAAUUUAACUGCGCUUUCCCCCGAGGUAAUAUCACGCCAAGCUACAAUUAAUAUUGGUACUAUUGGACAUGUAGCACACGGCAAAUCAACCGUUGUUAAAGCUAUUUCCGGAGUUCAAACUGUACGCUUUAAAAAUGAGCUGGAGAGAAACAUCACCAUUAAGCUCGAACGUCUCAGUGAUGAAAGGGUACGCGCAUUAUUGAGUUCGCCAGUGUUGCUGCGCGAGUUCGAGGCGAAGUUAGAUGCAAAACGACGCAACAGCCUGCCAGUUGAUCAUGAGCGUCCAACACUGCGGGCACGCAAGCAUAAGCGGACACGUACUGCCAGCGCAGAUACGCACCUAACACGAACGUCCACACGAAGCAGCAGUAUGGGUAGUUCACAGGCCCCAACACGUGGCUGCUCCUCAAGCCCCAGCAGCGGUUAUGACAGCCACUCUGAAUGUAGCAUGAGCAUUCACAACGAUCCCAAGGGCAGCUCCAGCACACCCCGCUUGCGGAUCUUCACGUAUGCAAUAAAUGCGCUAAACGAAACCCAGAAAUCGGGUACAAAACGCAACAAGCCUGAGGUUGACAACGCCUUCGUUGGAUCCGAUGGUGAACAUACACCUCUCACAAAGCGCCAAAAGUUGAAACAAUUUAAAGUGAAUGGCGAGUAUAUAGUAGAGCGCAUAGAAUCGAUUGAGUCGAUUAAUGGCAACCCCAUAUUUUUUGUCAAAUGGUUGGGAUACCCUCCCGAAACCAAUACUUGGGAGUCGCUCGAUAAUAUCAGUGAAUGUGCAUUGCUGGAGCCAUUUAUUGAGUCACUAUACACAUUGCACGAAUUUAUUAUUUCAGAGAUAACAACUCAUAUUGAGGCUGAUAUCGCAGAGAAUGGUCUAGUUUUUGAUAUGAGCAAAUUGCAAAUAGAGGAAUUGGAUAAGUAUGACCAUUUGCUGCUGAAAGCUGAUUUAAUAUUGUUGGCGCAAUUUCGCGCAUCCAGAUCUCGUAGCUUCCGAGAGCCGGAAAAGAUACGCAAGCGCGUGAUUAAUAUGAUGUUAAUGAAGCCUAUUUACUAUCGACGCAAGCAGCAAUUAAACGAACUGCAAGCUUUCCAAGAGCGUAUGAAUCAGGUGGAACAUCUAGCGAAAAUAACGGUUGAAAAUCGAUUUGAUUUGGAAGUUAUUGAUCCAGCUUUUAAAUAUAUUAAAGAAAGUUUCGCAGGAAAGAAUGUCAAAAUGCAGGAAGAUCCUCCAAUCGGAUGUCAAUGUGAAAAGGAAUGUGCGCCAUUAUCUACUUGCUGUGCGCGCAUGGCAGAUAGUUAUUUUGCGUACGAUAAAGCAGGUCGCCUGCGCAUCCGACCAGGGGAGGCCAUCUAUGAGUGCAAUAGUAGGUGUGCUUGCAAUGAGGAAUGUGUAAAUCGAGUCAUACAGCGUGGGCGCAACAACUCACUUUGUAUAUUCCGUACAUUUAAUGGAUGCGGCUGGGGUGUGCGGACCGAGAAAGCGUUGCGUAAGGGAGAGUACGUGUGCGAAUAUGUAGGCGAGAUAAUCACAAGCGACGAGGCAAAUGAACGCGGGCAAACUUAUGACGCCAUAGGACGCACCUAUCUCUUCGAUUUAGAUUACAAUACAUCUGGGGAGAGUGUGUAUACAAUUGAUGCGGCACUCUACGGCAAUAUUUCGCAUUUUAUAAAUCACUCAUGCAAUCCCAAUCUAGCGGUGUUUCCGUUCUGGAUCAAUAAUCUGGACAUUAAUAUGCCACGUUUAGCUUUCUUCUCACUGCGACCAAUAAAAGCCGGAGAGGAAUUGACAUUCGACUAUGUGCGUACAGACUAUGAAAAUUUGUCGGCAGCCGAGAAGGUCUCUUGCCGUUGUGGUGCAGACAAUUGUCGCAAAGUAUUGUUUUAAUAAUUGUAUCAACAAAUUAACCAAACAUUUCAUUUAACGUUGUCAUUAAGAAGACGAAAAGAAAUAAUUUAUAUUAAAUUUUGAUUCAAUUCACAAAAAGUGAAAUUAAAUUGGAAUUGGAGAUGCUAUUGUUGAUAAUUAUCAUGACAGUUAAAUUCCUACUCCAUUUCCAAUACUCUUACUCAUUGUCAAAAUGCUUAUUAUAUACUUAUUUUUUGUUUUUGUAAUCCAUUGUAUUACGAAUAGACAAAAUUCUAUUGCUAAGUAUUGUUCCAUCAAAUGUAAUUUCACUGCCUUUAAGGGGUGGUUAUUUAUUCAUA